GGGGCCUGAGGGGGCCUUUUUACGGCUCCCGGAACCGUAGUUGAGAGUUCAACGGUGAAUUCCGAGGAUGCCGCCCAAAGGAAAAAGUGGUUCUGGAAAAGGAGGGAAAGGGGGAGCAGCCUCUGGAAGUGACAGUGCUGACAAGAAGGCUCAAGGCCCCAAAGGUGGUGGCAAUGCAGUAAAGGUCCGACACAUUCUAUGUGAAAAACACAGCAAAAUUAUGGAAGCCAUGGAAAAGUUAAAGUCUGGAAUGAGAUUCAGUGAAGUGGCCACACAAUAUAGUGAAGAUAAAGCCAGGCAAGGGGGUGACUUGGGUUGGAUGACGAGAGGGUCCAUGGUAGGACCAUUUCAAGAAGCAGCAUUUGCCUUGCCUGUGAGUGGAAUGGAUAAGCCUGUGUUUACAGACCCACCAAUUAAGACAAAAUUUGGAUAUCAUAUUAUUAUGGUUGAAGGAAGAAAAUAAAAUUAUAUGAAAGAUA